CACGCAGGGACGCAUACAUACACUGUACCAUGCUCACUUACAUACAACACACACUUAGAGAGAGAAGCACGUGUACACAGUGAUUGUAAUUCAUCAAUAACACAGUUUACUAUUACUCUAUUAAGAAUCAACGGUCGACUAUUCACAGUUAACAAACAACAGAUGACCAAUAUAUACACAUACAUAUGCACCCAAUUCAUAUUUUUAUGUAUAAAUAAAAAUGUAUAUAAAUACUGUAUCAAGUAAAACAUUCUAGGUUAGAACUGCUUUCGUUGAACUCAUUCACAUAAACAAUAAUUGAUAAUUGAGAAAAGAAAACAACAACAAAAACAAAAUAAACAUGGCCAGUACAAUGGAACAAUUCAUUACAGCCUAUCUAACAAUUUGUCGUGAAGGUGAUGAUGUUGCUGAUAAGAAAGAAUUAAUUGAUUAUUGUAGAAAAGAAAGAAUUGAUCCGAGAAUGGUUGACACAUGGAUUUCUCAUUUUGAUGUUGACAAAAAUAAUAAAAUCACUCUGGAAGAAUUCUGUCGUGGUUUAGGCUUGAAACCAGCUGAAAUGCGAAGUGAACGAACUCACCUGAAAACUGUUCAAUCCGGUAGAUCACCUAAGAUACCUGAUGGAAUUGAAGUCAUUGCUUCAACAAUGCCAGUACCAAAACAAGUUGAAAUAACCCAGUUAUUUAAAGAAAUUGCUUCUAAAGCCACUGGAAAUGAUCCAGAUAUGCGUAAAGUUGCUAAUGACUUUAAAGCUAAAUUAGAAGAACGCUAUGAACGUGUAUGGCAAGUAGUUAUAUUGACUGGUUCAUAUUGGAUGAAUUUUUCACAUGAACCAUUUCAAUCACUACAAUUUAAACUUGACAAACAUGUUGUACUUAUCUGGCGUACACCAAACAAUUAGGUGAAUUUAUAAUAUUACUAUGAAAAAUUAUCAAUAAAAGUAAAAGAAAGCGAAAAAUGACAUUUCAGUAAAUCAAUAAUAGUAACAACAAAGGAUGCCAACCAAGUUCAGAGGUUACAUUCAAAAUAAAAAAUCUCUUUAUCCAAAAACAGCUAGCAAAAACAAUCAUUUUUCACAAAAAAAAAACAAACAAAAAUAUUCCCUUUUCAAUUAUGCAAACAAGUUUUAUAGUAUUCAUAAUAAAUUCUGUUUUUCUCUCCAAAAGUUAUUAAAUUAGUAAAUAUAUAUGUAUUGUGUAUAUUCAAC